AUUAGUUCUGGGCGAUAGGUAAUAUAAAUGCCGCGAAAUCGAUCUUGUCUGUCUGAAGUUUCGGUGCGGAAGAAGGAUCCUCUUUCCUGGCGUUCAUUGAUGGAGGAUUAAUGGCACUGCCACCUCGCUUCCUUCAGAGUUUGGUGGUUGGGAGGGCAGAGACCUGCAAGUCUUUCCCCGUCCUCGGCCCUCACCAGAGCCGCCGCCGCCGCUGAAUUUCUUCCUCCAUUUACUCCCUUUGAAACGCUCUUCGCGGGCAGGAGUGGCAAUCCAAGGAGCCGGCAACCCGAAGGAGCACUCGCGCCGCGCUCGUUCUCAUGGAUCUUUAGGUCUGCAGGAAAGAAGGUCAGUGUUAUGUGUGAAGGCUAGGUUCUGGCCGAGCAAUGGAUCUUGAGUUCGGCAGGGGCCUGAGAUCCCCAAAGACGGACUCUUGGAAGACCACCUUGCUGCUGGCGUACCAGAGCUUGGGAGUGGUCUAUGGAGACCUGAGCAUAUCUCCUCUGUACGUGUACAAGAGCACCUUCGCCGAGGACAUCCAGCACUCGGAGACGAACGAGGAGAUCUUCGGCGUGCUCUCUUUCGUGUUCUGGACGCUCACCUUGAUCCCUCUCAUCAAGUACGUUUCGAUUGUCCUGCGAGCUGACGACAAUGGCGAGGGAGGAACAUUUGCCCUAUACUCUCUGAUUUGCAGGCACGCAAAUGUGAGCCUUCUCCCAAAUCGCCAAAUUGCUGAUGAGGAGCUUUCCACUUAUAAACUGGAAUGCCCUCCCGAAAUAACCAACAAGUCCCGUAUCAAGGUGUGGCUUGAGAAGCACAGGAAGCUGCGCAUUGCUCUGUUGAUUAUGGUUAUGAUUGGCACUUGUAUGGUUAUCGGGGACGGUGUUCUCACGCCUGCUAUAUCUGUGUUCUCAGCAGUUUCAGGUCUUGAGUUCUCGCUGUCCAAGGAUCACCGUGAAUAUGCUGUCAUUCCAAUAACCUGUGUCAUAUUAGUAUUCCUAUUUGCCCUCCAGCACUACGGUACACACCGGGUUGGAUUUCUCUUUGCCCCGAUAGUUCUAGCCUGGCUAUUCUGCAUGAGUGCCGUUGGCCUUUAUAAUAUCAUCCACUGGAAUCCUCAUGUCUACCAAGCUCUGAAUCCUUAUUAUAUGUUCAAGUUCUUAAAAAAGACCAGAAAGUAUGGUUGGAUGUCGCUCGGCGGAAUCUUGCUCUGCAUGACAGGAUCGGAAGCUAUGUUUGCAGAUCUUGGACACUUCUCAUACAGCGCAAUCCAGCUUGCUUUCACUUGUCUAGUUUACCCUGCACUGAUUCUAGCGUACAUGGGUCAAGCUGCUUACUUAUCAAAACAUCAUGACUUUUACUCAAGCUCCCAAGUUGGAUUUUACAUCGCAGUUCCAGAUAAAAUCAGAUGGCCUGUGCUUGUAUUGGCAAUUUUGGCUUCGGUAGUCGGAAGUCAAGCAAUCAUUAGUGGAACCUUCUCAAUUAUCAAUCAGAGCCAGUCCUUGAGUUGCUUCCCUCGAGUAAAAGUUGUGCAUACAUCUGAGAAAAUUCAUGGACAAAUAUACAUCCCUGAGAUCAAUUGGUUGCUUAUGAUACUAUGCAUUGCUGUCACAGUUGGAUUUAGAGACACAAAGCACAUGGGAAAUGCAUCUGGACUAGCGGUGAUAACUGUGAUGCUGGUGACCACGUUCCUUACAUCCCUGGUCAUCGUUCUGUGCUGGCACAGGCCGCCACUGCUGGCUUUCGCCUUCCUCCUCUUCUUCGGAUCCAUCGAAGCGCUCUACUUCUCGGCGUCGCUGAUCAAGUUCCUGGAGGGCGCGUGGCUCCCGAUCCUCCUGGCGCUCAUCCUCAUGGCCGUGAUGCUCAUCUGGCACUACACGACCAUCAAGAAGUACGAGUUCGACCUGCACAACAAGGUCACCCUGGAGUGGCUCCUCGCCCUCGGCGACAAGCUCGGCAUGGUCCGCGUCCCCGGCAUCGGCCUCGUGUACACGGACCUGACGUCUGGCGUGCCGGCCAACUUCUCCCGGUUCGUGACCAACCUCCCGGCGUUCCACCAGGUGCUGGUGUUCGUGUGCGUCAAGUCGGUGCCGGUGCCGUACGUGUUCCCGGCGGAGCGCUACCUGAUCGGCCGCGUCGGCCCGCCGGGGCACCGGUCGUACCGGUGCAUCGUGCGGUACGGGUACCGCGACGUGCACCAGGACGUGGACUCGUUCGAGACGGAGCUGGUGGAGACCCUUGCCACGUUCAUAAAGCUGGACGCAUCGUACCGGUGCAGCGAGGCCAGCGAGCCACCGGAGCAGCAGGAGCUGGAGCCCAGCGAGCGGGAGCGGCGGCUGACGGUGAUCGCGAGCAACCCGCUCCGGCGCCGCGCGAGCUACGACCUCCAGGGCAGCGUGGGGCACUCGGCCGCGUCCACCGUCGAGAUGCGCGCCGCCGCCGCUGCGGCCGGCGCGGGCGACGGUGACGACGCGGCGGAGAUCAGCCCGGCGCGGAAGCAGGUGCGGUUCUUCAUCGACAGCCACGUGGCGAGCCCGGACGCCGCGGACGGCGGCAAGCGGGUGGCGGAGGAGCUGGCGGCGCUGGCGGCGGCGCGGGAGUCCGGCACGGCGUUCAUCCUGGGGCACUCCCACGUGCAGUGCAAGCCCGGGUCGUCGGUGCUGAAGCGGCUGGCGGUGGACGUCGGGUACAACUUCCUGCGGCGCAACUGCCGCGGCCCCGACGUGGCGCUGCGCGUGCCGCCGGCGUCGCUGCUGGAGGUCGGCAUGGUGUACGUGCUCUGAGAAUCAGACGACGCGGCUUUCUUUUUGCUGAACAUCUGAUACCGUGAACAGACUGCCUUUUCUUUUUACGUUUUCCACUGUAACAUAAGGAGGCCGUUUUGUGUAGCUUAACCCGUGUUUGUCACCGUGGCCAUGGGCAUGGAUCGGCUUGCACCUGGCCGCCCGGCCGGCUGUACAUAGCGAGAACAAGCAAUCUUGAGCCGAGGGCAGUAAGAAAUGUGAUCAGGACUCAGGAUUUUGGGCCGUUGCUCA